AUGGCGUCCAAAGACUUCAUCAUCAAGCACAUGAAUGCCGACCACCAAGAAUCUCUCAUACUAUUCCUACAAGCUUAUUGCGGUAUCACCUCCAGCCAAGCCAAAAAUGCCCAGAUGGAAGAAAUCACCACCUCAAACGUCAUAAUCACCGCCAACGGUACCCGCUACAGCAUCCCCAUCGACCCCGUGAUGAAGGAUUACUCGGAGGCACGCGGCCGAAUGGUCGCCAUGCACAAGGAGAGCCUAAAACGCCUGGGUCGCAGCGAGUUUACACUCACAGAGUACCGUGCCCCGCGCGGUUUGCACGCCGUGAUCUUUGGGCUGUGUUUCCUGCUCUAUGUCACCUGCUUCAUGCGCAGCAGUCUGCGCCCCGGCUCGGCACUCUACGAGAACUUGGGGCUCCAGCGUAUUCCCUGGCUUCCGCGUUUCGUCUACAUUAUCCAGCCCUACGUCGUGGCUAUUCAUAUCAUUGAGACUACCGCGCUGGCUGUGACGAUGUUGAAGCCUUUGAAUGUGCCUGUUCUGUCGGGUUUGUGGUGCAAGUGGAUUGCGUCGUGCUUUGUUGAGGGGUAUGGUUCGUUUGCGCGCAUUAAGGAGUUUGUGAAGGAGCAGAAGGUGAAGAAGAAUGGCAAGCGCCACUAG